AUGUCAGAUAAUGUUGUUUAUGUACAAAUGUGCACAAUAUCCAAUGAUGACAGAAAUCCAUUCUUCCCAGGGUUAGUAUUCAUAAAACUAUUUGAGAAAGAAAAUAAAUAAAUUAAAAGCUCACUCUAGGCACCAUAACAGCUUCAUCUCAGUGAAUUUGUAAUGUUAUCGGAAGGUUCUGGAUGCUGUGUUACCUUAAGGAGUUAAACAAUUUAUAAACAGUUUAACCACAUUGCUUGUCCAUGCAACUCGUCUUCUUCUGGUCAAGUCCUCAGUGUCAGUGUGGACAGGUAUCUUUCUCGCUGUGUUCUUGGUGGGAAGCUAGUGACUGAUCAGAAGAUGAGGAACUGGGUGAAUGGACUACAUCGCACAACUUUGGGUUUGAACAUUUUAUAAACGGUUUAACCCCUUAAGGUACGGUGCCAAGGUACUAGGACGCCAAGGCACUAUAACAACCUGAGUUAAAUGACAUUGUUAUUGUGCUUAGGGUAUUCUUUUAAGGAGACUGACAAAAAUUAAGUAUAUAACACUUUAUAUUCUUUUGAUUAGAAAAAAUUAUUUCAGAAAGCGCAAAUGCAAUGGGGACAAUUCUCUGGAAGAUGAGGAAGAACUGAUGAAGAAACUUUCAGUGAACCGUGAGUGAUUAUUAUUUUUGUUUAGAUUAAUCACCUAUAAUUUGCGAUACUUGCUGGUUGUAUUAAACAGCCAGAGCACACAUUGCAUUGGAGGAGGAUAAAUAGAAACAUGAGGGAGAUGGGAUUUAUCAAAACGUUGUGUUUGAAGUGGUCCAAAAAUGUAAAAGGGGAGCAGGCACCAAUUCUACUGGUUUCCAUGGUAAUUUAAGUAAUUUACGUACUUUAGACCAUUUUUUUAGAACAAAACCUUUUGGUAAAUCUCCCUAACCGUCUCAGUGUCCCUCGCCCAUGUACGCUCCCCUGAUUUCCGGGACCAGUGACUAUAAUGAUAUAAGUUCUUCUAUUCAGUACGCUUACACUGUGACUUAAUAUAUAAUAUAUUUACUAAACAACAGAAUACAUAAAUGUGAGUGGUAGGACAAGCAUCUGAUGUACAAGGCUAUUUCAAUCUACCUACACCAUUCUAUGUGUUCUGUUUUGAUGUUGUCCUGUCUUCUUGGCGUCCUAUACAACACAUAUACCAUGUAUAGCCACACUGUCACACAAUGAAGAAGUCCCCAGGCAAUAAAAUCCUGACUUUGUGUCCAGUCACUCUUGGCUAAGAAAAAUCAAGAAUAUUCACCAACCAGCUGUAGUUGUCAGUAAAGUCCCCAGCAGGGCCUGGCCAUGCUCUGGAGCCUACAGUGGCUCUGUAAUGUUAUAUGAUCCUGUUAUGGACCAAACUGUAUUGCGGAUCUGUGACAGCACUGGUCCAUAAAAGUACAGCCUCUCCCCAUUCAUCUUGAGCCUGUCCGCCUUGGGAGUAAGUGGUGUCCAUCACUUCCUCUCAGCACUCAAAAGAAGUCCAUCAGGAGGAGAGGGAGAACUCGGCACAGUUCGGAGCCAGCACUGCAUCACCGUUGGACAGCAGAGACGCCAUCCUCCUGAGAAAAGGUAGACAAAGAGGAGGUGGCUAAAACAUAUUUAAAUUGUAUGUGUUUCUGUUCGUGUGUAUUUGUGUCUGUCAGCGUGUGUCAGUCUGUAUCUGGCAGUGUGUGUGUGUAUGUUUGUGCAUGUCUGUCUUCAUGUGUAUAUGUUUGUCAGUGUAUGUGUCCGUCUGGAAGUGUGUAUUGGUAUCUAUGUGUGUCUGGCAUUUAGUAUGUGUUUAUAUAUAGUGUUUUAAAUGCUGGUGUACAUUUGUGUGUAGUAAUGGUGUUUGAACGAAGGGGUUUGUAUGUAUAUAAAUUUGACUAAAGGUGUCUGUUUUUUAUGUAAUAUUUGUGUUUGUUUGCAAAGGUGUGUUUGCAUGUAGUAUUGCUGUUUGAUUGCUAGGAUGUAUGCACAUAUACACAUACAGUGCCACAUACAUACCAACAAAGAUACACAUACACUGACACACACAUACACACUGAUACAGACACUGACACAUACACACUGACACAAAGAUACACAUAUAUACACACUGACACAUAAAUACACAACUGACACAUACACGUACACUGCCACAUACAUAAAUACCUACAAAGAUACACACACACUGACACAAAGAUGCACACAUAUACACACACUGACACGUAAAUACACAACUGACACAUACAGACAAACUGACCUAUAGAUACACACACUGACACACAAAGAUGCACACUAGUACAUACAUGCAACAUACCUUUUGUGUGCAGGAGGAUGGCUUCUUUGGGGUCCUGCUGCUGGAUGAGGCUAAUAGAAGUGUAGGGAUGGCGCAGAUUAUCUCCUUGAUCUCCGGCCUCCUCCCCCAAUCUGUGCCUCCUCAUUUCUGGGCAUCACCGCACGGUGCUCUAUAUGUAGCUGAGAGGAAGUGACCUGCUCUCACUUCUUUACCAGCAUUGCCAAUAUUACAGGGACCCGCUCAUGCUGUUAAGGGCUGCUGCACCCAACUGGGUCUUUGUUCAGAAAUACUUAUGGGGUGGCCCUAGGUGCAUGGGCCACUUAUUGGGUCUCCUAAGUGUAGGGUGCCCCAAUGGGGCUGCACCAGGGGAAGUUCCAUUGAUGGUGUAUGAGUUGGUAGGCGCCAAUCCCAUGGAAAUGUAAAUUUAAGUAGUGCGUCAAGCUGUGAGUAAAAUAUUGCUGCUUAUUUCAAUUGUACCUGUCAUGGUACACACAAGAUUAUUAAAUGUAAAUUCAUCAAAUUUCAUCCAUACAUUUUACCUAUACACACACAUACAAUGCCACAUACUUACAAAAUACAUGCACACAUUGGCACACAGAUACACACAAUGACAUGUAUAUAUACACUGACACACAACACAUAUAUACCUUGACACACACUGAUUUGUGCUAGCUUAACUGAUAGAAAAUGUUGUUGGUUUUUUUGGGAGGGGGGAAGGGGUGAUAUUAUUAUUCAACAUAGUCAGCACAUGCCUCCAUGAAGGCUAAGGAUGGAGUGGCAGAAGACAGCAGACGAACCCUUCUACAGAUGGUUCUUCUACUCAGUAACUUAAGCGCAUGCACAUUAGUUCCUUUGGUAUUCCUCUGACAAUUGCAUUUAGUACUUAUUAGAAAGGAACAGGAAAAGAGUGAUGUAAGUCACUCCGUUCAGUCACCAGCUUGAAGUGAAGCCAGCAUGUCGGAAUCUUGAGGGGAAUGUCCCCAAGAGGUAAGUAUUUAAAAAGAUCUCUUUAUGCAUUGACAUAUAAUCUAUCACUAUGAUAAAUUAAUGUAUUUGUUGCCUAAGUAGAUGUUAAAGCUUAAUGUGAAGCUGCCAGAUUUUAAGAAAUGCUGAUAUUGAAAUGUAAAUGUUUAAUUGUUAAAAUUGUUGUAGAUUGCUUUGUGACAGCCUAGAUCUCCGCUCAAUUUUUUCUUUUUCAGCUGGUGACCUCGAUGCAAUCUCUCAAUAUGUGCAGAAAAAUAAGGGCAAAAUAUUAAGACUUCCAAAGGAAACCCAACUAUCUUUACUGGUGUGUGAUCUGAAUGGCACUGCGUACAUGGGACAGACAUACAUGUUGGACUCUUGGCAAAGUCUCUACUUGCCCAAACAGACAAAGAUGGAAGUUCUGGGAAUCAGUGAGAACUAUUCAAGCAUGUGCUCUGGGAUUCAGCAGGUAGUCCUGGUGGCUGAAGACGGGCGUGUGUUUGCUUAUGAAGAGGAAACAAUGUGCCUAAUUGCCAAGACUUUACCUGAAUUAGCAAAGAAUGGUGUUAGAAAAUCAGAAGUCUAUUUUUAUCCACAUGACCUGAGCGAUGAGGUAUCUAUCUAUCUGGCCAUGAUUUAGAUUGUAUUACACUUCUUUCAUACCCGAAUUACCUAAAAAUAGUUAUUUUAUAUUUAUAUAAUAAUAUAUUUUGAAAUAUUUAUAUACUUGUUUAUUUCACACAUAGGAAGAAGAAAAACUUCAGCAAAAUGAAGAGAUUAAAAAAAUCAGGGCGAGAACAAGGGAUUUUGUGAACAGCAGCAAUGACGCGUUUGAGAAAAUUCUGAAUUAUUUUUAA